AUGGAGAAUCAAAAGGCUCAUGUUGUGAUUGUGCCGGCAUCGUUUGCCCCAUCAUUGCUAUACUCAAAAUUUGUACAACACCUCUGCAAAUAUGAUCUUGAUGUGACCAUUGUCGACCUCCCGUCUAAAGCACCCAACGGGGUCUCCAAGGCCGAGAGACAUGCUGUUCAGAAACCAGGAGGCAUUGUUCAACUCGUUUACAUCAGCUCUCCGGUUCCUGAAGUCGGCGGCUCCAUUAUGACCAUCAUGGAGGGGAAUAUUCCUCCUUUCAUGAAAGUAGAAGGGGGUUACCUGAUUUCUGACACUGACGGCUGCGCCAACGUCAAUUUCUCGGAUCUCCCAUAUACCAACGCGAUACAACAUGCAAGACACAUGAAGGCACAUUCAGCAGAGAGCUUUUCAAGUCCACUUCAUCAUGCAGGCUAUUUGCGUAUUCCGGUCACGUACAUCAUAUGUGAACACGAUAUUUCUGUACCCCCUGAUUUUCAGAGGUCUGUCGUUGAUAUGAUUACCACCAAGGCCAGUAGGGAAGUGACUACACUCGUUUGCAAUUCUGGACAUUUUCCCAACGUGAGUUUUCCGGCUGAGCUCGCAAAUCUCAUAAAUAGUGUUGUUAUUCGAGGUUCAGGAGAAUCCUUACAGGGGGUUCGAUAUACGAUAUAG